AUGGUAUCGUGUUCAGGAAACAGAAGAACGAAACAAGUGAAAAAAAUUAAAGAUGUUAAACCGAAACGAUCACCCGGACCAUAUGCAUUAUUUGUACAAUCGAGAAAACGUUUAUAUCGUGGUAAAUUUAGCGAAUUCUCUAAAAGCUGUUCACGUGAAUGGCGUCAGUUAUCAAACGAAGAACGUGAGAAAUUUAAGACACGAGCAUUGAAACAAAGUAGCUCGCACAGAAAAUCAAAAUCAGAUUAUAUCAAUUUUGUUAAUGCAACCUAUGAUUGUUUAAGAAAAAAGCAUCCGGAUUGGACAGCAAAACAAAUUCACACACAACUAAUGAAAAACUACGAAAAAGUUAAGUGCAGUUGCAACAGAAGUAAACUAAGGAGAAAAUAA